CAUCUUGGGGGCGACGGCAGCCGCUGGGGAUCAAACGUCCUUCCGCCCGCCGCUCCGCGGCAGCCAUGGGGUCGCGGGAGCCAGGCCGCCGGCUGGAGGCGGUGCUCGGUGCUCUCUACGAUCUGGGUGAGGAGCCCGUUGCGCGUCGCGCCGCGGAGGACAGCGAGGCAAGCGCAGAGGCGGCGGAGAGCCGGGGAGCGCAGGCGACGGCGGGCAGUGCCGGCGGGGCGGCAGGCGGGCGGCGCGGAGCUCGCGACUUCUUCGGGGAGCUGCGGGCCGAGCUGGGCUCCGCUGCCGCCGCCCCGCCGCCCCCCGCCGCGCCGCCGGCCGUGGAGGUGGUGGUGUUCCACGGGAGGAAGAGGAAGGGGCGGCCCAGCCCCGCGGCAGCGCUCGCCGGCGGUGCCCAGACCAAAAUAGUGGAUGAAGAGAAAAACGCAAACGAACAAGAAUUUAACUUCGAAAAAGCUCGUCUGGAAGUGCACAAGUUUGGAAUCACUGGCUACAAGAAGCAGGAGCAACGCAUAUGGGAACAGGAGCGUGCUAUCAUGCUGGGAGCCAAGCCCCCCAAAAAGGAACACAUAAACUACAAGACUUACCAGGAGAAAAUGAAAGAGAAAAAAGCAGCGAAGGAUGAUGUUAAGGAGAAGGAACAUAAAGGUGAUUCUCUUAAGAAGAAGAAGAAAGAGCAGAAGGAGAGGAAGGGCAAAAGGAAGAAAUCAGUACCUAGCAUUUGGCCUGCAGGACAAGUUGGAAAAUUCAGAGAUGGGACCUUGAUUCUGCAAAGCUAUGACAUAAAGAAAAUUAAAUCAUCUAAAGUUAUCAAAUGAACUUCUGAUCCAGAGUUAAAUGGACAAUAUGCAUAAGACAGAAUUCACAUUGCCACUAACACAGACUUACGGAGCCUCUCUCCAUACCACCAUGUCCUGUUUUGUUUUGGUUUUUUUUUUACCUUAUUUGUUGUUGCAGGAUUUCCAUUCUUCCUUGGGAAAAAUAUGAGAAUUUACCAUUUUAUAAAUAAAAAUAAGACUUUUUAUUAAGAAGGUUA